AUGCACGCCCCAUCUCUUCUCCCCACCCUCGCCAGCACCCUCCUGGCAGCCAGCGCCGUCGCCGGCCUGAGUGCACCAUAUACUAGGAUUCUGGCACUCCAUCCGCGCAACGCAGGCGCUGUUGUUGUGGCAGCUGCAGCACUGGCUUCCUUGCCUGCCCCAGUUCUCGCUGUUGCCCUGCCCGCGCCCGCCCCCGGGAAAGGGCACGGUGGCGCGCACGGCGGCAAGCAUGGCCACCACAAAGGCAAGGGAAAGAAAAAGGCCAAGGGCAAGAGCAAGGCCAAAGGACACGACAAGGGCAAAAAGAUAGGGAAGGCCAUGGGAAAGUCCAUGGCCAGUGACAAGAGCAAGUCCAUGGGCAACAUGAAAGCCAUGGGCGGCAGCAUGGGCCAAGACAUGAACAUGGACAAGGCCAAGGCCAUGGAGAAGAUCAUGAAGGCUAUGAGUAAGGACAAGAACAAGCACAAGAGCAAGCACAAGAGCAAGGACAAGGGCAAGGACAAAGGCAACUCCAGCGGGGCCGGAAAGACCAGCGUGGUGGCGAUGGCAACAACUGCGAAUGGGACGACAUUUGCGACUGCAACAACGACAGCGAAAGCGACAGCGACAGCGACAGCGAAUACGACUGCGACUGCGACUGCGAAUACGACCGCGACUGCGAAGGCGACUGCGACGGGCGGCGUCGGUCUCAAGGUGGUCCCGGAUGCGGCACUGCAGAUCGCCCCGCCGCAGGAUCUCGAUCGCGUCGCCCAUGUACCUGAAGCACUGCUCACGGUCAGGUUGCGGACCUUGACUUCGCCUCGGCCGUUUUCCGGGUACAAUGGGCAACCGGAUGCCAACGCGCAGCAGACCAACAACUCGCCGCGGCAGGACAAAGCCCAAAAAGAUCAAAAGAACCAGAGAAAUCAAGAGACUCAGAAAGAUCAAGGGCGGGAAGCCAUGUUUACUUUUUUGCUGGACAACGCUAUUCCCAUGGUUGGCAGUGGCAAUCCGAUCCUCCAUAACUCACUGUUUCGGACGUCGGUCGUUCCCUGGAUUACUCGCCGCAUUUCGGCAAUGUUUGAGUCAACCAGUGAUGCCGAUAGCAAAGAGAAAGUCAAGCGCACCGAGACAAAUAUCCAAGAGAUGGUUCACGGUCUGCUCCCUUCCGGUUCCAGGAAUCCCACCCCGGUGAAUGUCAUCGGCCAGGUGGAAAUGCAUUACGAGGUGCGGAGCUCUCCUCUCCACCCGCCAAAGUCUCCCAGGACAUCAAGGCAGUGGUGUCCAUCGAUGCCUUCCAAUUCAAACCGCCUUUUCAUCCGAGGCAUGACGAAAGAGGAGGUCGACAAGAUCGCCGGAGAAAAGCCCGACGACGCAGCCAAGCGGUAG